AUGGCCUUAGAAAGUAACAAAAAUGCUACAGGAUUCAUUAUCCAAGGUUUCUCUGAUGCCUCUGAGUUUCAAAUCUCUUUUUUUGUGCUGUUACUUGGAAUCUAUCUCAUCAUUCUGUUGGGAAAUCUCAUCAUAUUCUUAGUCAUUUCAUGUGAUCCUCACUUACACACCCCCAUGUACAUAUUCUUGCAGAUCCUUUCAUUCAUAGACAUUUCUUCCACCUCAAAUAUUUUACCUAUUUUGCUACAUAUUCUUCUCACUCAACAAAAUAACAUUUCGUUCUUGGGGUGUAUGACUCAAAUUUAUUUUUUUGGGUUCUUGGCUUCCAGUGAAUAUUUUCUCCUGACGGCCAUGUCAUAUGAUCGUUAUGUUGCCAUCUGUGAUCCCCUUCACUACAUUACCCGAAUGAGCAGGAAACAUUGUGUUUGGUUUAUAACUGCCACAUUCACUGCUGGUUUUGUUGAUCCUCUCAGCAUUGUAAUAUCUAUAUCUAAACUGUCAUAUUGUGCUUCCCAUGCUAUUGACCAUUUUUUCUGUGAUGUCACACCAUUGCUAACACUUUCCUGCAGCAGCACUUUUAUUGUGGAACUUUUAAUGUACAUUGAAGGGACAUUGUUUAUUUUCAAUUCCUUCCUCCUUACUCUGACCUCAUACAUAUUUAUCAUCUCUGUUAUCCUGAAUAUCCAAUCCUCAGAGGGGAGACAAAAAGCCUUUUCUACCUGUGCUUCUCACCUGACCUGUGUGAUAACCCUUUAUGUGACAGUACUUUGCUUGUAUAUGAGACCCACCACAAGUUAUUUUCUAAAAAGGGACAAGUUUUUUGCACUGCUGUAUAUUGUCCUGAUCCCCAUGCUAAAUCCUUUUAUCUACACACUGAAAAAUAGAGAAUUUCAAUCUUCCUUUAAUAAAGUGAGGCAAAGGUGUUUUAGAUUUUUAUUUUAG